UUUUCGAACAGCUGUCGUGAAGUAGGGCAGCCACUGUGUGCUCGCCCCACGCGCGAGCUGUGUUGUCCGUGCUCACGACUCGGUCACGGUGUCUGUGUUUCGCCUCUUUGUGUUAGCACACACUCGGCGUUUAUUUCCUACCACUCGACUUCUUAUUGUAGGGUUAAACUCGUUAAAUUUUCGUCACUUAAAAAUAUUUUUAAGAAGAAUACUAAACCCGAGUAAGGAAGGGAAAGAACUGUGAAAGACGCAUGUGGUCUGUGUUGUGGAAGACAAAGUGAAAGAAAUGUAAACAAGGCCGUGUCAUCUUUGCCGCGUGGUUUGUGUUACAUAACUCGUAUUCGCUGGAGCGUAACUGGAUUACUACACACAAUGAGUGGGCUGGAUAAGGCGUAGAUUAAACAUGGACGAUUCAGACGAGAAUAUAUCCUACAAGAUGGCCACCGGUAUCCCCAGCUACAAGGUGAUCCUACACGGCGAGUACGGCGUGGGCAAGAGCUCCAUCUUCAGGAGGUUCAUGAACAACUCCUUCACCACGGCCACCGGCAAACAGUCGUCUAUAGGCCUGGACCAGUGCACAAGGACCAUCAACCUCGGCUCCCAGGAUGUUAAGCUGACCCUGUGGGACACAGGUGGCAUGGAGCGCAUGUCUUUCAUUGGCUCCAGCUACUACAGGGGCGCCCACGCCGCCCUCCUCUGCUACAGCGUCAACAACAAGGACACCUUCACCAUCCUCUCCCAGUACAUCCUCGACAUCGUCAUGAACGCCGAGGGCGCCAAAAUAUUCCUCUGUGGGAACAUGUCCGACCAGGUGCCGGCAGACGGCAGUGGGAACGUCGUGACAGAGACGGACCUGGAGCAGUUCAUGUCACAGUGUCAGGACGUGCUGUCUGGCGUGUACAGGGUCUCGUGUAAGGACUGUCUGGGGCUGGAGGACAUGUUUCAGGACAUGGCCCGAGUCCUGCAUCAGGAGUCUGUUUCCCGCAUGACGAUGCGCAGGGACCUGGUGCGCCCAGGUGAAACACCAGACAGAGAGGUGGUGCCUGAGAAACGCAGGUGCUGCUGAUGCUGCCGACUGGACUAGAACAGACUUUAAGAGAUUACGUAAUACACAUCUGGUCAUGUGUAAGCAGAAUAUGGUGAUGUAUCAUCACGAUGUCACCUCUUUAUACUACACAUCAUGAUGUGUGAUCAUCAUUAUGUGUGAUCAGUAGCUUGAGCUGAUCUCUGUGCCAGCUUUGCUGGAGCCAGAACGACACUUUAAAGACUUUUGGUGCCAGAUGUGGCUCGGUGCUGCUGGAAAAAUUACCUGGGACCAACAUUGGGCCAAUCUUGGGCCAACAUUGGUUACUUCACACAAACAAGAUGCACUAAUAAAUUUUGGUGCUCCAUAUCAAAAGAAAAGAAUUUUUUGCUCAUACACUAUAGUACUUCGUAGAAAAAUGUAUCCUUUAAAGCAAUUGUUUUGUGGGAAAAUGUUUAUGAAGUCUAAAUAAUUUUCAUUAUUCACAAAAAAGUUUUAGUUUGCCACAUACAUUUAUAACUGAAACAAGGUUAUUGGCUGUUAUUACAAAAUAUUUAUCUGACAUGGAAAAAUUUCUAAGCCUAUAAUAGUAUAGAGAAACAGAAAGUAGAGCAAUGUUGAGAGCUUUCAUAAGUCAGAGAGUUAACCAGCAAAAAUCUGGCAGCAAUUUUUUUAAUGUGAUGUUGUCAUUGAAUCUAACAGUGCAGCUAUAUAUAUCACAGCUGGGCACCUUCACCAGCUACCAGCUAUGUAGCAGCUGUAACCAAUCAGCUUUUACUGGGUAUAUCAGGUCUAUCAUGGCCACUGAGUCCUAUCUUGUAGCUUGUGAUCAGGUGGUUUGUAACUUUUAUCUUUUUAUUUUGUGUUUCUCUAUGCCCAUUCUCCAUUGAACUUUACAUUAGUGGGUAAAUUAAUUUUCACUAACUUAGUAGAAGCUGGAAACAAAAAAAAAAUAAAAUUAUAUUUAAUUAAAUUGUAAUUUUGAUAUAUUUUAGAAUUAAUGUUUUAAAUUUUUUUUUCACAUUUGAUUUAAAAAGAGAUUGGUUUAAACACAUUUUAUUUAAUUUAUUUAUCAAUGGGAUGAUGAAUUAGAAUGGAAGGUGUUCCAGCUUUGAAGAUUGUGACACAUGUACCUGACAUUAUUCUCAGUGUAUGAUAGGCUCAUGUAAGCAUUGUAACGUGCCCCUUUGAGAUUUAUUUAUUCAUUAUAAAUAAUAGUCUUGUAUUUAUUUUGUGAAUGUUAAGUGUUUUUUAUUGCAUUAAUA